AGACCCCAGGAAGACUCUCUGAGAGCAGACCACCAGAAGCUAGGGGGCAGCAGCCUUCCCCCUGCCGCCUGGCCAUGAGAGAGCGAUGGAUCAGAACACAUUCUCCCACAUCCAGCUGUGGUGCCCCCGCCCCUUCGGCACUUACUCCCAGAACAAGCAGUGUGGUGGAGGCCAGGUGAAAAAGAGCUUUGGGGACUUUGCCUGCAAAGCCAAGGAAGAAGAAGAGGGCGGGGGGGAGGCCUGUUCGGAGAACACCCCGCCCGCCCCGCCUCCACCGCCCCCCGCUGCCUCCCCCAACCCCAGCCAGGUGGAGGAGGGGCGGGUGCUUUUGGACACGUGGUACGUGAUCAAGCCCGGCAACACUAAGGAGAAGAUCGCAUUUUUCGUGGCCCACCAGUGCAACAGCGGAAGCCGGGCGAGCGCCAUGAAGGUCAAGGGUAACUGGGGGAGUGACAGUUCCAAGGCCAAGCGCCGGCGGCGGUCGCACGACCCCGGCAAGGGCAAACCGUGUCCCCCCAAGGCCAAGGAUGUUGUCAAGGAAGCCGAGGAUGUCUGCCUUUGUCCGGAGUCCCACGCUGACCUGGGUGGCGACACAGACCUGCUCUCGGUGGCUGAGAUGGUGGCGUUGGUGGAGCAACGGACGGCGCUGGCUCUGCAGAACUACCCCAGGCCGAGCCCCGCCGCCACCCCGUCGUCCCCCAUGGUUUUCGUGUCCACGGACCAAGAGCAAGGAGACAGCGGGGAGAAGAAGGGGUCAUCCGUGGGGGGCGGCUCUGACUGCAGCCGAGUUGCCGAAGCCGUGGCCCACUUUGAGUCGCAGCAGCGGGAGCGCAGUGUCCUGCGGCAGAAUGGCCUGUGCCGAGAGUCGGCCGAGUGCGUGGCCAAUUCCCAGCACAGCCCCGGGGAAGUCCGCAUCGCCUUCAGGAUCUCCAGCAGCCGGGAACCGCGCUCGCCCACCGAGGGCGGCUCCAGCGCUCGCCCCAACUGCGUGUUCAUGAGCUGCGGGGGCUCGCCGACCAGCAACGCGGCCCGUGCCAAAGACAAGAUCACCUGUGACCUCUACCAGCUCAUCAGUCCUUCCCGAGACACCCUCCCCAACAACGUGGACUUCCUACUGGCAAGUGCUUCCCCGAAAGCAGCUGACGGAUCCGGCCCCGAGCCGCUGGACGUAGAGAUGACUUGCGGAGAGAGCCAAGGUGGCUCCGGCAAACUGGACGCCAUCCCAGAAGGGGGCCGAUCCGGCGGUGAGAAGCUGGGUGGCCCAACAGGUUCCAUAUCCAGGGACUGCGUGUCGGGCUUCCACGUCGAUGUGGUCGUCACGGGCGUGGUGGACCAGUGCGUUUUCUUUGGCAAGGACAGCACCAAGAAUAUGAAGGAAGAGACUGUUUGCUUGACGGUUGGCUCUCCGACCCAAGAAGUUCUGUGCUCGUCUUGUGACGAUCCGCCACCGGGGCAGCUCUUCUUCCUUCACGCCCAACCCCCUUGGCCCGAAGACGGCCGGGAGGGGGACGGUUCCUUCUUGGAUGCCACCAACAGCAGCGAUGGGGGGAAUGAGAGGCUUGACGGGUCUGGCCUGGAGUCGACGCCCUCGGACACCUCCCUGUGCCGCCUCUAUCGCCACGUCUCCCACGACUUCUUGGAGAUCCGCUUCAAGAUCCAGCGCUUGCUGGAGCCCCGCCAGUACAUGCUCCUGCUCCCCGACCACAUCAUGGUGAAGAUCUUCAGCUACCUGCCCACGCAGUCGCUGGCUGCCUUAAAAUGCUCCUGUCACUAUUUCAAGUACAUCAUCGAGACGUUCGGCGUGCAAGCCACAGACUCCCAGUGGAAUAGGGACCCCUUGUACCGCGACGACCCCUGUAAGCAGUGCAAGAAGCACUACGAGAAGGGGGACGUCUCCCUCUGCCGCUGGCACCCCAAGCCCUAUCAUCACGAUCUGCCUUAUGGACGAUCCUACUGGAUGUGCUGCCGACAAACGGACAAGGACACCCCCGGGUGCCGGGUGGGGCUCCAUGACAACAACUGGGUGCAGCCCUCUGACAUGUUGCGAGAGCGGGCCGCCCGGAGGGAGGACGGGAGGUGAGGGGCGGAGCGUGGGGAGGGGAGGGGAGCUCUUGAUGAAGGAAGUCUCUCUUCUCUCUCUCUCGGUUCUGCUCGUGUGCGAGAGGGUGUGGUGGUGUGAGUGUGCUUUACGGAAAGUUUUGUUGUGUUGACGUUUGGUUUUUUGCUUCUCUUUUUUUUUUCUCCUCUUGGUUGUGAUUGCCAGUUUGGGUUUGGUUCUCUCCUAUCUCUCCUUCCUGUUAGAGAGAGGAAAAUUAAGGUGGGAGAGGGGAGAAAAACCAACCAACCCUUGUAUGAAAAAGAAAUUUUUAAAGAAAUAUAUGAAAUAAAAAGCCACAGGGUUCACUGAUCAACAUGCCUCGGUAGAGGGGGUAAGAUGGGUAUCUUUUUAAAAUCUUUGCAGCUCAUUAACAGGUUUCAGGAGAUCAGCAAAAAUCCUGCAGUUGAUUUCCGUGUGCUUACGGACACCGGAAAUCAGGUUGUUUCCUUUGUAGCCAACAGUUACCCAUCAUGCACUGCAAGACAGGAAUUGUGGCCAGCUGCCUCAAGUUCUUAACCAAACAAGGCCCCUCUUACUGACCACAAAGUAGCCCCCUUGCCACCCCCAGAUGCAGGCAACUACCCGAUGAAGAGGUUGGGCUGUUCUCUUCUUGCUAAACCCUUUCAGACCGCUUCAGCUCCAUCCGGAUGGUUUUAUUGCUCCUCCCCUCCAAUUGCCCCACCUGUUGGGUCUGUCCCUCCCAGGCCCUUCCCUCAUCACCUCCUUCUAUGGUCAACUGAGCUCGGCUUUCCCAUUUCGACUCCCCCGUUCUUCCUGACCCAUUAUAGCUCUCCCUUGCUCCGGAACCACAAGCCCCCCAGACCCUUCCAGCUCUGUGACCACAAUUCGAUCCCCAUUUUCCCUCUCUCCGCAUGCUCCAGAACUGUUCCUUCAUUUCUGCAAGAGCAGGCCUCUCUGCCACAAACCUAAACUUCCUUUAACAGCAGUGGCAUCCCCAGAAGAGUGCUCUGGGGUGUGGGUCCCUCUACAAGGAGCGCCCCCAAGAGGGAAUUCUGCCAAACAGCAACCCAGGGCUCUUUUUCUAGCAGGAGCUCUUCUGCAUAUUAGGCCACACCCUCUUGAUGUAGCCAAUCCUCCAAGAGUUUAGAGGGCUCUUAGUAUAGGGCCUACUGUAAGCUCCAGGAGGAUUGGCUACAUCAGGUGGCGUGGCCUAAUCUGCAGAGGAGCUCUUGCUAGAAAAAGCCCUGAAGGAUCCUAUAGGGCAGGAGUCAGGCACACUAGAAACCUGUCUUUGUAGCAACCCAGCUUACAUUUCUCGUUGGAUCCCAGACACCUGUUUGUGAGCUGUGAAAGGUCACGGGUGGCAACGGUGCACACGGCUUUAACUGGAACUUCCGAUGCAGGAAUCAUUGGCGCUAAAAACAUAUCAGGGGUGGGUAGCUCACCUUGAAACGGGCAGCUUAACCGUACCGCCGUAGCUGCUUUUGCCGGCAGCUGGCCGUACACAGCCUAGCAUGUCUCCUGCGUGCUUCUCUGCUGUUUCCUCCCCGGAGUCACUCACAUUUUGCCUCAGACGACUCACUUAGUGGUUAAAUUCGGGGAAGGGGCCAGGCGGCCGCCAUCUUGCCAGGUUCAAGCCUGCCUAGAAACUGCUGCAUCUCUAACAACCCUGCGAGGCAGGCAUCGACCUGUUAGGGCCGCUUUCCACAGUAGGGAAGGGUUGGUCUCCUCCCCCUCGCCCCACAACAUUCCUCCCGGGCCACCUUUUCCGGCUGCCUUGAUGCUGGCUGCAUCCUCUUAGAACUACGAACUCUUGAAAUCGUCUUAAGGGCUCCGUGUACGGGGUGUGGGCCCUCUUUGCCCAGAGAUGGGAGUUGUUGAACCACCCCCCAAAAGGGCUGCUCGUCCACUUCUUGUUUUAAUACUACUUUUUCUUCGCUUGGCUGCCAUCUUGACGGGGUGUGUGCGUGUGGGAAUAUUGUUUGGGGGAGUGGGAGUGAUGUCCUUUUGUGCUAAUUUUUUUAAAAUUAUGCCAGAGCAAAGAGGUUUGGCCUCUGGGAUUCCUCUGGGCUGUUGCAGGGAGAUAGAUGGGGGGUUAUAAGCUCCUGCGUAAGGAGCGCUGUCAUCUCUGGGAUUAACUACCUUGUCUUGCCCUUUCUCCCAACCAUCUCUGGGAUAAGAUCUCUCCCUUUGUUCCAUGCUCCGGCGAGCGUCUCAGAAUUGGAGAAUGUCUUCUGCUAGAAGGUCAUGGCUUCCCCCCCUUCCAUGUGAUCACUUACCCCAAUGCACAUGCCUGGGGAGAUCGGCUGCUCUCUUUUCCUUCUCCGAUCCAGGGGAAGCAAACGUUUGCUGUGUCCCUUCUCAGUCUUAAUUCCAGAGCCCCACUCAGGUGGACGGCUCCUUUUAAGAGCCCCCACCCCACCUGCAGGGGUUUUUUUUGUAGCAGGAACUCCUUUGCAUAUUAGGCCACAUCCCCUGACAUAGCCAAUCCUCCAAGAGCUUCCAGUAGGCCCUGUACUAAGAACCCUGUAAGCUCUUGGAGGAUUGGCUAUAAAAGAAGGUGUGGCCUAAUAUGCAAAGGAGUUCCUGCUAGAAAAAAAGCUCUGCUUUCGGCUCAAGGGAAUCUCUUCUUCCUUCAGACUUCGCAUUGAUGUGCGACUUGUCCUUUCCCAACUGCGUGGGCCAGGAGAGAGAGCAGCCGCUGGAACACUUCCUUUCUGAGUGACCGCUAAGCUCUGGUUUAUGGGGGUCUUUCAGCCCCAGUUCUGAAUAUCUCCUCUUUCCACCAUUCUGCCUUCAAGUGCUUUCAGGCCUCCUCACUGUGCAUCGGUCCACACACCUGCACACACCUCUAUGUCUGCCCCGGUGUUUCUUGAGCACCUGCCCCUCUUGGCACAUUGCAGGGGCAGUAUUUCCCCUUGCCACCUUCCCUGAUUUGAUCAGGGUCCUGUUUCCGCCCCCACUCCAUGCAUUACCGAAGCUGGCAAAGAGCAGAAUGCCUUCCUCUACCAUCUCCCUUCUCCCCUUCCUCCCUCUGGUCUUGAUCACGCCGGUAUUUAUAUGCCUGUUUUUUGUCUCUGUACAUGUGUGACAUUUUCAAGAACUAUUGAGUGGAGGAAUUAAAAAAAAAAUAAAACUGCAGGAAAAAAAUAGAACACGA